AAAAUUUCGAACAGGGAAAUGAAAUUAUAAAAGCGAGAUUAGGGUUGCCUUUUUUGAGCGCGCCACCUGGUUGGCUGUUUCUCCUCUCUUUCGUUCCCUCUCUACAGAUCUCUUGGGAGUCUCCUUCUGAGGAGGAGAAGCGGGGAGGCGAAGGCGGCAACGACGACGAGUGCGGCUGUUGGUGUUGGGUUGGAAGGGAAUUCAUCGAGCGACGACCAUGUAUGGAUCUAGGGGUGAGUGGCGGGGGUGCUUCGGAUGGCUACGAUGCCGGUUCGAAGAGGCCUCGGACAAUGGAGCCAAACCCGUACUUUUCAGGACUCGGUGCCAGCAGCUUCUACCAGCCCUACAGUGGCAGCUUCGGUGGUGGAAGCAGUGGCAUCUACAACUUCCCCGUGGUUCGUCUGAGAGGCCUGCCCUUCAACUGUGAUGAUCUUGAUGUCUACAAGUUCUUUGCUGGGCUGGAUAUCGUGGACUGCCUUCUGGUGAACAAGAAUGGGCGCUUCUCAGGUGAGGCCUUUGUUGUUUUUCCAUCGCCGAUGCAAGCCGAGUUUGCACUCCAGAGGGACAGGCAGAACAUGGGGCGCAGGUACAUUGAGGUCUUUCGGUGCAAGAAACAAGACUAUUACAGUGCGGUUGCUGCUGAGGUGAACUAUGGGGGGGGCUUUGACAACGAAUACCGUCAGAGCUCACCUCCAGCGCGUCCAAAGAGAUCCUUUGAAGACAAAGCACAGAUGGAGUACACAGAGGUCCUUAAACUUCGGGGGCUUCCUUACUCUGCAACCCAGGCUGACAUUGUAGACUUCUUUGCAGAGUUUGAACUGACUGAAGAUAAGGUGCAUAUCGCAUGCCGCCCAGAUGGGAAGGCUACUGGCGAGGCAUAUGUGGAGUUCCCAUCAGCGGAAGAGGCGAAGAAGGCAAUGUGCAAGGACAAGAUGACGAUUGGGUCGAGGUAUGUGGAGCUGUUUCCAUCAACACCUGAUGAGGCAAGGAGAGCCAAAUCUAGAUUCAGGCAAUGAUUCAGUAGCAGAUGUUUUGUUGCUGGAGCUGAAUAUUAAUGGUGUUGGGGCUGAAUUUUCUGUCAGUAUUUUUUCUUUUAUAAGUUGAUUAGUUAGCCAAGCCCUGUCUUGUUUGCUUUGCUGCUCCUGGUGGGCAGCGAGCAAUACCUCUUUCUUAUUCAGAUAUGUCAUUAAAAUUCUGACUGCUUUACCCUAAAUCUGAGAUAUUAUCCAAAGAUUUAAAUAGUUAGUCUUUAAGCCC